AUGGCAGCUCACGCGAGGAAUGUAAACAAGGCCCGUGCAGAUCUAGGCCUGCCUGCCAGGCACCAGCGACACAGUGCCCAGGUAGUGCUAGCUCUGGCGAUGGCUGUGUGCCUGGUGCGGGCGCGCCCCGAGCCGCGCCCCGACGACGACGACGCACAGGAACAGCCUGAAGGAGACAACCAAGACGAACCUGCUCCCGAGGACGAGCAGCCGGAGGACGAGCAGCCGGAGGAGGAGCAGCCGGAGGAAGAGGAACCGGAGGAAGAGGUACCAGAGGAGGAACCGGAGGAGGAGGUGGAGCAGGAUUACACAACCUGUGACAUUGUAGAGUUGACGGACGCUGACGGCCAGUCCCUCGCCAACGCAUGCACGCUGUUCGCGGACCCCAUCUAGGCGCGGGUACAGCGGGGCGGCGCUGGCGGGUCCUGCAGUACUGCGGCACGUGGAGCAACUCUGUA